AUGACGCAGAAAAUAUACAAGCAUAUGACUAGGUAUCACGCUUGUUCUCAGUCAAUGACCUACGGUCAUUUUCCUUUACUAGUCUCCCAGUAUUUUGCCUCAGUCAUUAUGUUCAUCGUCAGUGUAAUGGGAACUGGCGAAGUUGAGGUAAAUAUUCGAAAGCUGCAAACAGGAGUUUGUAUCAGUGCACAAGCCAAUGUUUUGAAAUAUAAGAAAGGUGAUGCAUGUGUUGGUUGUUGGUUGUUGACUAAAUCGCGUCAAAUCGCGUUCCAUUUUGGUACGGGAGUGUUCCAAACUGAUGUCUUGGCACUAUAUAAUAUGGCUUGUACAGCCUCUACGAUCUUCUCCUCACCUUUAUUUGCUACUUUAUGCAAACUUCUUCGUUAUGAGCCAAGCUCUGUGGAAUCAAGAUCUUGGCGUCUUGCAGCUCCGAGGAUCCUUCUUGCGAAAAAGCUCCACGCGCUGCUGAAGGAACAAUCCCUCGGUUGGAGCGCCGUUGAACCGAUGGAUCACAUAACAUACAAUAAUGGCCCAGAUAUGCCAUUCAGCUCGUAG